AUGUUAUUCAAAUCGUUAAUUACUUAUCUUUCACUUGCAUCAACCAUCGUUGCGGCUAUUCCUGCUAUUGAGGUAAAGGGUAACGCGUUUUGGAAUUCUGAAACUGGUGAACGUUUCUACAUCAGAGGAGUUGACUAUCAACCAGGGGGGUCAUCUGAGUUGGAAGAUCCAUUAGCUGACACCAAUGUUUGUGAGCGUGAUAUCCCAUAUUUUCAAGAGUUGGGUAUCAAUACAGUUCGUAUUUACUCUGUUGACAACACCAAAGACCACGACGAAUGUAUGGACAAAUUGGCACAAGCAGGUAUUUAUGUCAUAUUGGAUGUGAACACUCCACAUUCUUCCAUUACUAGGUCCAACGCCAAAUGCUCAUACAACUCAGAUUACUUGCAAGAGGUUUUCGCUUCAGCUCAACUCUUUGCUCAAUACAACAACACCUUGGGAUUCUUUGCUGGUAACGAAGUUAUCAAUGAUGGACCUUCUUUGGAAGCGGCACCUUAUGUUAAGGCUGUGGUCAGAGACUUGAAAACUUUCAUCAAAAACAGAGGCUUUAGAUCCAUUCCCGUUGGAUAUUCAGCUGCCAGUGUGGAUGAAUACAGAUUGAGUUCUGGUUUAUAUUUCAACUGUGGUGACGACGAUAUGGCGAGAAUUGACAUGUACGGAAUAAACGACUACUCCUGGUGUGGUGAUGCUAGUAUGACCACGUCACAAUAUUCCCAAGAAUUGAAGGAUUUCAAAAACUUCACCAUCCCUCUCUUCUUUUCAGAGUUUGGAUGUAAUGCAAAGAAACCAAGACCUUUCAGUGAAAUUGAAAGCAUUUACUCUACCGACAUGUCCAGUGUGUUUUCCGGUGGGUUGGUUUAUGAAUACUCAGAAGAAGACAAUGAAUAUGGAUUGGUGAAAUUGGACGGGGAUAGUGUCUCCACCAAUCAAGACUUUGAAAACUUGAAGAAUGAAUUCAACAAGACUCAAGAUCCAAGUGGUGAUGGUGGGUAUUUGAAAUCCACUGGUGGUAACAACUGUCCAUCCAAAUCGUCAACUUGGAAUGUAACUGAGGAUAUACCAGACACUCCAGGUGGAGCUAUCAAAUAUGUCAAGGGAUUAGCAGAGCCAACUGGGCAUGGAUUUGAUGCUUAUGUACAGGGAAGCUGUAAUAGCAAUGACAACGUCGACGACUCGGGUAACUACACCAGCACAAUUGGCGCUUCAACCCAUUCUGCUUCUUCUGCCGCCACCACUUCGUCAGCUCAACAAUCUAGCAGCUCUUCGUCAAGCUCGUCGACUGCUUCCGGAUCAAAAGGUAAUGGCGGUGUUGCUAUUGAUGCCACCACUUCUGUCACCAGUGUUGUUGGGUUCUUGGCUUUAGUAGCUGGUUUUAUUGCUGUUUAA